GACAGAGGACCCUGCAGUACAAGAGUGAUGUCCUUGAGACAGUUGUGUUGGUGAACCCGUCAGAGGAAACUACAGCUUCACAGAUCCGCUCUCUGGUCACUGACUCUGCUGGACACAAGCUACUAGUCCUAAGUGGCCAGAGCUCUGAGCAGGGAGGUGACAUCACACUGCAGGGUGGAGCCUUCACCUGGAGACACUUCUCUGACGUCAUCUCUGAUCCUGGAGUGACUGAGGUCCUGUCCAACUCAGCAUCGGACCAGCGGCCCAGGCUAACAGUAUCGUGCCUGGGAGACGGGGGCUGGAGCUCACUGGGCCACAGCCAGGAACAGCAGCACCUCCAGAACCUUCUGGAAUACCGCCUAAACCCUGAGCCCACGCUUCCCGACAUGGAGGGAGUCGCGGAGUUCACAGAGUACGUCUCGGAGACGGUGGACGUCCCGUCGCCCUUUGACAAUCUGGAACCGCCCACCUCGGGUGGUUUCUUGAAGCUAUCCAAGCCCUGCUGCUACAUCUUCCCCGGAGGGAGGGGUGACUCUGCCCUGUUCGCCGUGAACGGAUUCAACAUCCUGGUGGAUGGCGGGUCUGAAAGCAGGUCCUGUUUCUGGAAGCUGGUCAGGCACUUGGACAGGAUAGAUUCAGUCCUGCUGACCCACAUUGGGGCGGACAACCUCCCAGGCAUCAACGGGCUGCUCCAGAGGAAGAUAGCUGAGCAGGAGGAGGAGCAGUCCCAGGGAUCUGGCGGCUCCAACACAUACGGUGACUGGAUGAAGAACCUGAUUUCACCGGAGCUCGGUGUGGUGUUCUUCAACGUCCCCGAGAAGCUACGAAUGCCUGAGUCCACGCUAAAGGUCAAACGGAGCAUCGAGGAGGCAUCCCUCACACUGCAGUAUCUCAACAAGCUUGGCAUCAAGUCAGAACCCCUUUACAGGGUCGUUAGCAACACCAUUGAGCCCAUCACGCUUUUCCACAAGCUGGGCGUUGGCAAGCUAGACAUGUACAUUCUGAACCCUGUGAAGGAAAGCAUGCUGGCUUUUGAG